AUGCGCGGAUAUCUCAAAGACCAGCGAACACUAGGUAUAGAAGAGGCAGAGGAAGGGGGAGAGGAGCCGCGCAGAGACAGGAGAGGGACGGCACUAUACGAAAACGCAAUCGGCGCGCCGACUAUGGAGUUCAAAGCGCCGUAUAAGGUGAUAAUCUCCGAAUUGGUGGCGGGUCUCCACUAA